AUGCCCGUCCCGACCGUCUCCACGGCCGGCGCACGGAUCGCUCAGUUCUUGCUUGUCGCAUUUUUGUCUAUCUUUGCGCUCAAGUUGUUUGAAGCGCGCGAUGUAUUUUAUAUGCUGCACAACUCGGUGCGCGCCGAUUUGCCCGCGUUUUGGGUGCGGCCCCAGCCGAGCGGCAUGGGCACCCCGCAGUGCCGCAACCUGUACGGGGUGCCUGUGCCAGACGAACGUGCGUACCUCAAGGAGGAAUCUACGGGAGUACGUGUGCAGUUGACCGAGGCGUGCGAAGACGUGCACCUCUCGGAAGAGCUCGGCAUCGCCAUCUUUACCUGCGACCCGGGCCGCCCCGCAUGGAACGCCGUGCUGGGGCCCGCGCGCGAGCCGCACUGGCGCGGCGGACUCUGGAUCCUAGACUACAAAACGGCACCGUUUGAACAGGAGCCGACGUUGCUCAACGUGGAAGAUCUCCCGGACCACCACGACUUUCAUCCGCUCGGCAUCACGAUUUAUGAGGUCUCGCCGAAGCUCGCACGUCUCUUUGUCGUGAACCACCGCGGGAUUGCGAAUGUCCUCGAGGUGAUCGACCUGCAAAAGGAUGCGGGGGUCUGGCGCGCACGCUACGUGCGCACCAUCGCCCAUCCGCUCGGCACGCACGCAUCGAACAGCGUCGAGGCGCUGGACCGCAACGAGGUGGUGGUGACCAACAUGCACACCGGCAUGGAGCGUCAAGUGGCACAGCCGUAUCUCGAACGCACGCUCCAGGGGCUGUACGGCGUAUGGUCCAAGCGCCUCGCCCCGUACUUUUACGGCAAAAAGUUCAAGAACCAGGUCCAGUUCGUCGAGGACCUCUUUGGCGGCGGAUGGAUCGCACACAUCAAGUUUGAGGACCGCGUGCCGAUGCCGCACGACGAAGACUUGGAUGCAUGGGAGAAGGGCGUCGAGGCGCACGUCAUCGCACGGGGUAUUCCAUUUGCCAACGGCCUCAGCCUCACGCCGGGCCACCGGCACCUGGUCGCCGCGUCCACGACGGUUACCGGCGUGGUGAUCUUCCCGAUAGAGCGCUGGACGGACGACGGCACGCCGGACUGGGCAGAUCCCAAGGUGCUCGGCCGCCGUACAGUCGUCCCGACGCCCUUCUUUGCGGAUAAUGUCGAGGUGAUUGCGCCCAAGCCGGGCAGCCGCGUGCGUGCAGACGACCCGCUGCAGGGCGCCAAGAUUCUCGUCGCAGGCCACCCGUCCCUGCCGGACCUCCACGAUAUGCUCGCGCACCUCGGCGAGGGCGCACCAAACGAGCACCGCGCCCCGAGCUGGGCGGUGGAAAUUUCGUACACGGGCACGCAACAAGAGGACCAAGCGCCUCUGCCCGCCCACGAACGCAUCACGGGCGUGCCGCACGGAUGGACCGUGCGCACGCUCUUCCAGACCGACGGAAAACGCAACCUAAUUGACGGCAAGACCAUGGAGCUGCCUACGAGCUGCGGCGUGGCAUGGGAUAGCUCGGGCGAAGGCCACGGCACGCUCAUCGUCACAGGCCUGUACUCGGCUGCGCCGAUGCUGUGCCGCGGCGUGUAUGUAUAG